UGACAGAACCUACCUGUCAGCAGAACGCCUGUACAACAUAAACCUCUAACUUGAAAGAAAGUCUUCACUUUACAGCUGAUGACUCUCUUUCGACGGUGCUAGGAGCGCUUCAGCCAAGGAGGGAAAGGAAACUAACCAUCUUUUGGCUAAGCCGACAUUGGAAAACCUGGGCGGACCAUGUCUAAUGACGUCGACUUCAUGUCUGUGCGACUUCUGAAAAACGAUGCGAUGGGCUUGCAGAAGUACUCCUAUAUGAACGAAGACGAAGCUUGGAAGAGUUACCUGGAGAAUCCUCUAACAGCGGCCACCAAGGCCAUGAUGAGAGUAAAUGGGGAUGAUGACAGCGUAGCCGCCCUGAGUCUCCUCUACGACUAUUAUAUGGUUCCAAAAGAAAAACGAAUCCUUCCAUCUGGAGCACCAGGGCGCAGUGAAGUUGGGAAGAGGCAUUGCCAUGGGAUGGAAUACGAACCAGAGAUUUCUUCUUUUGAAGGUUCUGCUCAGCUCAUGAAGCUUCUGGCUGAAAAUGUUUCAGUGAACCAAGAAUAUAUGGACUUGCCCAAGAAGAACAGUUUAGCCUUUGAGGGCAUCUCUUCUCCUCACAAGCCACCAGCUCUACCUCCAGGUCCCAGCAAACUGGAGAGCAAUCCUGAGAACUAUAUGAUUACUUCAGGAGACAUGUAUGACAAUGGCUCGCUUAAUUCCCUCUUUGACUCCAUCCACGUGGCUCCACCCCAACAGAGAUGGCAGCCAGAUAGCACCUUCAAAGAGGACCCUGAGGAGUCCUUGAUAUUCAAUGAUAUUUUGAAGGCAGAAGCUCCAUGUUCAGAAGGUUAUUCCAUCAGUGAUGGCAAGACUGACUUUGAAUACACUUUGGGAUCUCCCAAAGCUAUUCAUAUCAAGGCAGGUGACUCACCCAUGGCAUACCUCAACAAAGGACAGUUCUACCCGGUGACUCUGAGGACUGUCGGAGACGCCAAAUGUUUACACUUGUCCUCAAACAAAGUGAAGAGUGUGGUGAUGGUAGUUUUCGACAAUGAGAAGAUUCCAAUGGAACAGCUCAAGUUCUGGAAACACUGGCAUUCGCGCCAACCGACAGCAAAACAGAGAGUCAUCGAUGUUGCUGACUGUAAAGAGAAUUUCAAUACUGUGCAGCAUAUUGAAGAGGUAGCUUACAAUGCGUUAUCCUUUGUCUGGAAUAUCGCUGAAGAAGCGAAGGUGUUUAUUGGUGUGAACUGCCUGAGCACGGACUUCUCCUCUCAAAAAGGCGUGAAAGGUGUCCCACUGAACCUCCAGAUUGACACUUAUGACUACAGCACUGGCACAAACCGGCUGGUCCACCGAGCUGUCUGCCAGAUCAAAAUAUUUUGUGAUAAGGGGGCAGAGAGGAAAAUGCGGGAUGAUGAACGCAAACAGUUCAGGAGGAAAGGAAAAUGCUUGGAUGCCAAUAAUAACGGUUUGAAAAGCUGUUUAGUUUCAAGCUUUCGCAGCAAUGAAAUCACUUACCUCAAGCCCCAAAGUGACUUGGAAACCCAGCCAGUCUUAUUCAUCCCAAAUGUUCAUUUUUCAAACCUCCAAAGAUGUGCAACGGUAUUACCUACUGCUGGAGCUCCACAUGAUUCCCACAGUUUGCCCUUAAAGCGGAGCUGCCCUUCCUUCCCCGACGAAUUUGAUCCCAUAGCCGCAAAACAAGCAAAAGAAGAAGACCCCCAACGAGUUCUACUCUAUGUACGACGGGAAUCAGAGGAAGUUUUUGAUGCUCUCAUGUUGAAGACUCCCGAUCUCAAAGGCCUGAGAAAUGCGAUUUCAGAAAAAUAUGGCCUGCCAGAAGAAAGCAUCUAUAAAGUCUACAAAAAGUGCAAACGAGGCAUCUUGGUAAAUAUGGACAACAACAUAAUCCAACAUUACAGCAACCAUAUGGCUUUCCUCCUUGAUGUGGUGGAAGCUGAGGAGAAGUUCCAGGUGACCCUCAAGGAACUCUGAAGACUCCAAAACCUGCACUUCUGUGGGAUGAUUGACAGCGGGGUGGAGUUUCACUCUCCUUCUGUGCAAGCCCAACCCAUCAGUUCAGAGUAUUUGACUGGUCCGCGACCCCCUUUGAAGGGGGAGAAGUAACCAGAGAUGGUGGCCGAGCUCUACAUGUGAAGAGGGUGUAGAAGAUCCAUUCUCAAUGUGAAUGUGGAACUUCUCUCCAUUAUUGUUGCUAUUGUUAUUAUUAUUGUUAUUAUUUUAUACUAUAUUAUGAUGCUGGUUGUCUGCCAGGCUGAGAAUUCUAACCUUUUUCCCUGUCAGAUAGCAGUGCCUAAAUCUCCUUCGUUUUGCUUUUUUGGAAAUGGUUUAGUGUCAACUCUUGGGGCCAGGAGGCAAAAACCAAGUUCUAGACAUGGUGAAUUUUCAAACUAGCUUCAAAGACACAGCCCUGUGUUCCCUCACCCUACGUCCCUUCUUGCCUCAGAGGCCUGGAUGUUCCCAUCCAGAGCAACCGUGACUGUUUUAUACAUUUCCAAUGCCUUUUUGUUAUUUUAUAAAUAUCCAAACAUGUGCAUAUGUAUAAAUAUACCUUGUUUUAUAUAUUGACAUGGAGGAAAGUACAGCAUUUCAAAACCAGCUGCCUCAUAGUUCCCUACACGGGCUGUCUUUCCCCCUCCCCCUUCUUCGUUCAUUUUUCUAACUUUUUUUUUUUUUUUGUAUAUUCUAUUGCAAUAAAGAUUCAUUGACAGAAAUGCAAGCCUGGCAUAAUGUAGAUCCAAGGAAAGAAGCAGUUUCCGUGAUUCAUUAAAAUGCAUUUAUUAAAAUGCAUAAAAUCAAGAUGGCGGUCACAACUAGGUGACCAAAUCCUUUUUUUUUUGCAUGGACGUAAAAAAGGGGUAGAACUUUGAACUCAUGGUUGUGGUAGCCAUCUUGACUUUUUUUCCCCCUCUUGUGGAACCCCUGGUGUUGCAGUGGAUCGCAACCAUUAUCACUCCCCUGUGUGUGUGUUAGUGGGUAUGCCGUCUCUUGUUCUUGGGGGGAGAAGCUUGGAGGCAAUUAAAAUCCAUUCCUACAGGACCUAAGCCAUCUCUCUUUCUUCCGGGACAUUCAGGAAUCCAAUCGAAGGGAUUAUCUGUAGCUCAGAGUUGAACUGUGGAGUUCCUGGUGACCUCAGAGCUCAAGGGUUCGUUUGUUUGCAGACAUUUCAUGACCCAACUAAGUCAUAUCAUCAGUUCCAAGAAACAUCAUAAUCUUACAGAGACAAUGUCCCCUAGUUAGGUAAGGAAACACCUGCAAGCAAACCACCAAACUCAGCGAACAUAGAUCAUGUGUUGCUGUAUUGCUGUAGCAAAAACUAAAUUGACUCCAAGAAAUUUUGAGGAAAAAUGGGUUGUGAGCCUAGACUCACCCAUUCAUGACCGUAAUUGGUAUGGCUGGGCUGGAAUAAAAAGAGAAGUUAAACAGCACAUUUACCUCUGCACAAUACAGGUAAUCCUGGACUCGCAACCUGUUGCUUAGCAACCGUUUAACAUUCCGGCGGACCUAUCUGGGGUAUUUACAACCUGGAUUCCAAAUUCCAAUGGUUGAGCCCCCAUUGCAGUCAGAUGGCUGAACUUCGGCUGCUUGGCAAACAGGUGCAUUUAUGGCC